UGCGCGCCGCCCGCCGCUCCUGUCAGCAACACAGCAGGUGCUGCUUUCCUUCCUCCUUCGAGCGAAGCGACAGGUGCGCAUGCGCGGUGGCUCUGCAGGUGCGCCGGGGCUUUCCCUCCUCCGGUUCCGCGAGCGGGGCUUGGCUUCGCGCAUGCGUGCGGCGUUCUCUCCCCUUUCCGCUGGGGCUGCAGGUGCCAGGAGGAGGCAGCUGGGCAGUGGCCCCUCCCCCGUCUUCCUUGGCUGGCUCUCCGAGGUCGGGCUCGCUGCGACGGCGGCUCAGACAGAGGCGGGAGGCGGCAGCUUACGGCUGAGGGGUGGCCGCGCUCGGAGCCGCCGCCGUCCGUUCUUAUCCUGUCGCAUCACCAUCACGGAGCGAGCGGAGGGCUCGCCCACGGCAUGAACCGGGUCCAGCGAGGCGGCGGUGGCGGAAGCCGCGGCCUCGGCACUAUGGAAGUGAAGAGCAAGUUUGGUGCAGAAUUCCGUCGCUUUUCUCUGGAAAGGUCCAAGCCUGGUAAAUUUGAGGAGUUUUAUGGAUUACUGCAACAUGUGCACAAGAUACCCAACAUCGAUGUUUUAGUUGGUUAUACAGACAUUCAUGGAGAUCUCUUGCCUAUCAACAAUGAUGACAAUUACCAUAAAGCAGUUUCUACAGCUAAUCCUUUGCUAAGAAUUUUCAUUCAACGAAAAGAAGAUGCGGACUACAGUGCCUUUGGAACAGACACCAUGACAAGGAAGAAAAAUGUCUUAUCAAAUGUAUUGCGGCCAGAUAACCAUAGGAAAAAGCCACACAUUGUAAUCAGCAUGCCACAAGAUUUCAGGCCUGUGUCUUCCAUUAUAGAUGUGGACAUUCUUCCAGAAACACAUCGCAGAGUGCGGCUUUAUAAGUAUGGAACUGAAAAACCUCUAGGAUUUUAUAUACGGGACGGUUCCAGUGUCAGAGUGACUCCUCAUGGGCUAGAGAAAGUACCUGGGAUUUUCAUAUCCAGGCUUGUUCCUGGAGGCCUGGCUCAAAGCACGGGCCUACUGGCAGUCAACGAUGAGGUCCUGGAGGUGAAUGGUAUAGAAGUUUCAGGAAAGAGCCUUGAUCAGGUGACAGAUAUGAUGAUUGCAAACAGUCGUAAUCUUAUAAUUACUGUGAGACCAGCAAACCAGAGAAACAAUGUUGUUAGGAACAGCCGGACUUCUGGAAGCUCAGGACAGUCUACAGAUACCAGCCUUCCAAGUUACACUCCAAGUACAGUGCCGCUCUACCAGCCAGAAGAGGACGACAGUGACGAAGACGAUAUCAUUAUUGAGGAUGAUGGUGAGCCCCAGCAAAUUCCAAAAGCUGCUCCUUCCAGUGAGAGUCUGAAUUCGCUGACACAUUCCGAAGCCCAUCAUGAAUCAAUGCAAAAUGGCUUUAUUCCUUCUAGAGAAGCAAACUUAUAUUGUUCCUUGGGCAGCAUUAACAUGGAGUAUGAAAUGCAGGAUUCGGACCGAAAGUCCUUAGAAGAAGAUGGGACUAUCAUAACAUUGUGAAAUUAUACUGAUGGAUUUUUGGUUGAAAUGAAGAGGCCAUACCAGUUUUUUUACUUGGCUGUACAGCUGUAGUACAUACCUCUCAGUUACCCUACUCCAGUGGCUGUCUUUCCUUCAGAAUGGAGUUGAGAUACUUACAGUGUGAUUUUCAGUAUCUCUUUCCUUUGGUGUCUCUGUUUGAUAAAUAUGUUUUGGAACAUGAGCUGGUUCUUACAGUUUCAAGGUAGGAUUGUACUCCUAUGACUAAAAAUUAUGCAGGUGUGUUCUGUUGCCAACUUUCGGCGAACUUACCAAAUUGUGAGAUUUUGAGAAGGAGUUCCACAGUCCAUGGGUUCUCCUUCAGUCUAGUCUGGUUGCGUGCACUGUCAUUCACAAAACAAAUCUGCACAAUUAUAGUUGUGAUUUCUUUUUCUUUUUUUCUUGAAAUCAUGUGAGAACCAGCCUGGAGGAGCUUAUUGGAGCAUAAGAAUGUUAAUGAAACAAAUUAGGCAUGAGCUUAGUGCCGUUUUUAGCUUUUCCUGUUACAAUCAUUUGUGUAAUCAGCAGAUUAUGAAAAGCUUAAUGAUAAUGGGUUGAUUGACUUCAGUUGUUAUAAAAUUGAACUAAAUAUUUACAAAAAGAUGGGAAUUACCAGUUGCUGAAGUGUCGGACACUGAGUGUUCUUUUUUUCUUAGUUCUUGACUGUAUGUGAUCUACUACUGGGGGGGGGGGAUAAAUUUCCAUUGCCACAUCAUGUGGAUUAGACUCAGUAAAAGCAAUGAAGUUGCUUGUCUGAUCCUACCAUGCAUGGCUGUGUAUAUUUGCCUUUUAAUGAGAGAAACUGUGAUACUGAAAUGUUUGACAUGAUCCAAACCUGCUGGAACCAGUAGUUAACUUCAGCAGAAGUGGAUUAUGCCCAUAACCUGCGUCUUAAAAUAAUCUUUUUAUACCUUAAUUGGCUCUUAUUUUAUGGCAUUUUAUACUGCUGCGUCUGUUAUGGAUUGAAUUACAAAUUGCAUUGAAUUACAGUAUAUCUAAAUCAAACAUAAGUGCUACUGAUACAGUGUAUAGCUGAGGAGAUGAAUGCUCUUCUGUAGGUGAAGACGUCCAUAAAAGACAGUAAGUUGUAUGAUCAUAAAUCUGUCUGGAAUUGUUUUAACAGCCUUCUGUCAGACAGAAAGCAGUCUUUUUAUCAAGCCCUUAAUGAAGGACAUCUCUGUAUUUAUAUAUUUCUGGCAUGCGCUUAUACCCAGUUAUUAAUGUGAUUGAAGUUCAUUUGUUUACGUGAGGAAAGCAUUCAGCAAACAGAUGCAGUGAUUUUAUUGCACACCUUUUCAUCAGGGUUGAAUGUGUUCAGCCUACUACGGAUUUUGAUUUGGUAUGUUGUACUGUAGAUGAGGAAAACAGUGGUCUCUUAGCUUGCUGGAAGCAUGGAAACCAAAAGAUUAGUGUAAGACUUGGAUGUUAACUUAUUGUGGAAACAAACAUAUUGGGUUAUUGUGCUGCUUAACAUUAACCAACUUCAGGUUUUGUUUUUGUACUUGUACUGCUGUCAUAUGCAUGACCACUUUCAUAUUAUACUGCAACUACAAACUUAAGGAAAUGUUAUGUUGAACUGUUUCAAAUUUUAUUACUUAGGUUACUAGCCUCAAGCAGAUAGCUUUUACGCUGGGAUGGAGUUUAAGGAGUGUAUUCUUUUGUUUUUUUAAAAAGAGAAUCUGUAUACAGUGCAUAAUAUGCACAGGUGUGUAGAGCAUAAAACAGUCUUGGCUUGAACCAGUUUUAUGUCUAGUAAAAUUAAAUAUUAAGGAUUUGACAAAAUCAAUGAACACCAGAGAGCAGGAGGGUAAGCAAAAGUCUCCCUGCAUUUUGCUAUUACGACUGGCUGCACUGCAUAUUAUUGGAUGAUAAUGCAGUUGCCAUGAUGGGAAGUUUUGAUCACUACCUUGUUUUUACUAAAUCUAAAAUCAAUUUGUUGAAACGGGAUAAAUUUUAAUUUUUAUAUAUGAAUGGUACUGGGCUUCAAUAUAAGUCAAAUUCUGAUUAUUAGUUUUUCAUACACUACCUCUUAGACUUUUAACUGUUUGUGUGUGUGUGUUUGAGUGUGUGCAUGUGUGAAGGGAGAGUCUCCAGUUCGGGGAUACAUGAAGGCUUUGAUAUGUGUACAGUUUUUAACUAUAAACUCAGAACUUGCGUUAAACUAUUUACAUUUUUAUUGCAGGUUUUAAGAUUCCAUUGUAUACAUUCUCAAUUCUGGAUUCAAGCUUACAUUCAUAUCAUAUGUAUGAACUUGUUCGUCAGAGAAUCAGGAUUCUUUUAAUGUUGCAGUCAGUUCAAAGAAUGUAAAGAAUUCAAUUCCCCCCCCUUCAUAGCAGUCUGAAGACAGAUUAGCAUUUUAAGUGCACCUUAACUUCAGCUGACCAGCAUAAGAGAUCCAUGACUGGAUCUUCCAAUGUUUUCAGUUUUUUUAAAGCCAGUGGUAGAGUGGGUGAGGGUGAUUUGGGGCAGGAGAAGUUACCCUGGUGCUGUUUCUUGGAUAGAAAUGAUGCGCACAAGCAGGCCUUCUUAGCCCCAGUAGGGAAACAAAAGGCAGGCAACCUGAGAGGGAGAGACUUCUGUCUGGGAAAAUGUGGGGUGAGUCAAUAAAGCAAGCAAAAAAAAAAGCAUUGUAGCCCUGAUCCAAAUAGCAGACUCCUACAGCUGUUCUGAAGGAAAAUUAAAGACCAUGGAAGAUCCAGUUCUGGGACUCCUGCAUUCCAUCUUGUUGAGCCCCAAGAGAGCAAAAUAUGGUUAGGAUAGUACACUUCCUUUGAAACUAUUUUAUAGUUCCAGAUGAAGUCAGGCUAAACUGUGAAAUCACUUGUUCUUCCACAGCUAUUAUUAUUUAGGAGAAUGUUGUCAUGAGCUGUCUGCAGUGUCUACGUUUGUGACUUAUGUGUUUUCUAAUUAAAAAUCUUUAUGCAACAUGAUUUUAACAUGAACAAGUUUAAUAAGGUCGGAUGUCAGUAUUUUUCUUACCACUUUAAUGUAUAAUGUACAUUGGUACCACUAAAUGAACUUUUGAUUUUUUUUCAAAAAUCAUAUUGGCACUAGCUGUAUGUUAGUCAUAUUUUUACAGACACAAUAAAAAACUGAGUAUUGCUAA